UAUAACUUUUUAAAGCCGCAAAAUAUCAAUAUCCUGCUCAUGCGCACUGGAUAAUUGAAAAAAUAAUCUGAGCCGGCUGGUGAAUCCUGUUGAUCGGUUGACCCAAAGCAGUCAUGGGAGUUACAAGAGAAGUUAUUAAACCAGGAGAUGGUACUAACUACCCAAAGAAAGGGAGUAAACUGUCUAUGCACUACACAGGAACUUUGACCAAUGGAAAGAAAUUUGACAGCUCCCGUGACCGUGGAAAGCCUUUUGAAUUCACCAUUGGAGUCGGCCAAGUCAUUAAGGGUUGGGAUGAAGGUGUUAUGCAGAUGUCCCUGGGAGAGAAGUGCAAACUGACCAUCACCCCUGACUACGGCUACGGCGCCAAGGGAGCAGGUGGAGCUAUUCCACCAAACGCCACUCUGAUAUUCGAAGUAGAGUUACUGAAGAUCAACUAGAUUGUAGUAGCGGUGUGCAUUGAUGUCAUUGGUAAUCUUCAACGAAAGGCCAACAGAAAAAUAUCCAAGAAUGAUCAUCAGAAAUCAACAUUGUUGUCAACACUUGUGUACUUUCAAAAAAGUCCAAAAAAGCACCAAUGUUAUGUCAAAAAAAUGCUAAUUAGAAGGUUUUUGAGAAAUGUAAAUUUGUUUUUGAUGCAUACUCGUAAAGAAUCAUAGUAGAACUGCUUUUUUAUAUUUUAUUAAUACAGCAUCAUUUUUCGCAUUAAUUCUUGAAGAUAUUUGUUUAAUUUGACCAUUUUUAAUACCAACAUUAUAUACAGUUUUUACUUUAUGAGUAAAUAAAACAAAAUUAUGAUUGUUUGCUAAAGUCAAUUGGUGGCAUAGAUUGUAUGCUGAACAGGUGUCAAGAAUAGUAAGUUGUAUUUUUCUAUGAAAAACAAUUUAUUCUAUGGCAAUAUGUAGGCAGCAAGUUUAUACACUAAAAGCUUCGUUUUGAAUUGUUUAGCCAUUCAAUAUAUUUUUUUACACCAUAAGAGCAUUAUAUAACGUUUAGUUAAUGUUUUCAGCAAUUUAUAUUUUGAUAAUUAUUCAUAUUAUCCAGGGAACAUCAUCAUAACAUCGAUAUUAUCUCAUGUUUUUCUUUUGGAUGCAAUCAACAUUAACAUUUUCUUCAUUUGUAUUUCUUCUAGUGUUCAUAUAUAACUUAUUUGUCUGUCCCGUCAGUGGAUAGUUACAUACUCAAGUACUUACAAACUAAUAAAUGAAUUCUUAAAAACAA